CCACCACUGGCUCCUAUAAACAUGUUGUUCACGCCACAGCCACUCAGAGAUACCUGUUCGGCCUCUGGCGCGCUCCAGCACAACAGUAUGGUUGCAGACAGGCGACGGCUGCUGUUGCGAAGCAUCUGUGCCUUUAAAGCCUUGUAAGUGCGCCUCUGUUCAGAGCCCGCAGUCAACUUCCCUGCACUCCGGCGAGGAGAGAAGAGAGCUACCUGAAACCCAGAGGCACUGGCUCACCUUUACAGCUAGACCCAUGGAAUACUAACUAUGGAAUACCUCUGGAUACUGCUGCUUGUCUUUUUACAGUUAACCUUCCAUCCAGGCAACGCCAAGCCCACUAUCAUCCCAGUCAAGUCCCACCUUGUUGUUGCCCUCAACGAACCCUUUAACCUGCGUUGCCAGAGCGACAACAAGGCACAGUGGAAGCGGGAGGAUCGGAUGAAGCCACUCAAAGCCAAACAGAUUGAUGGGAUGUGGACGUUGCACUACCCCAGGGCUCUGCCUCUUCACAUGGGCCGCUACAUCUGCCUGGACGAGAGCUCCUUGGAGCAAGCCUCCAUUUACGUCUUUGUGAAAGAUCCUGAUAAUCCUUUCAGGAAACCAAUGGUGUUCAGCAUUCUCACACGUGAGGGAGACACUGCCUCCAUCCCCUGCUUGGCCACUGAUCCAAGUCUGGGCAAUCUGCGGCUAGAAACAUGCUCCAGAAGAGCGCUCGACUCUGGGCUCCAGUUUUCUGCGAGCCUGGAGCAAGGCAUCAUCAUCCACAACAUUAAAAAGUCCUACGAAGACUGUUAUGUGUGUACAGGGAGCCUCCUGGGGGAGCACGUUAGAUCACACAACUACUACCUGACAGUGAAACCAGUACCUGUUGCUCCUCCUGUGAUUGAGAUGCAGCAGUCCAGUAGAAUGAUUCUUAUCCGCAACCAGAGUCUCACUCUCAUCUGCAACACCUCUAAUGUUAAUGGAGACAUCAGUGUGAAGUGGGUCACACCGCCUGGCUCGGGUGCCGUCUGGUAUCCACAGCAACCACCAAAGGUUGAUGGCGCUUCACGCAUCCAGACCGAGUACUUCACUCACAUACGCAGCGCCACAUUGCAAAUCACAGCAGUGCAGCCCCAAGAUGCUGGGAGCUAUAAAUGCGAAGCUAGGAAUGAAAAAGGGACCAGCACGAAGUCAGUGUGGCUCGAUGUUUACGAAAGAGGAUUCAUCAGCUUAAAGUCCGUACACAACAGAACCAUCCAUGUCCGCGCAGGCGAGAGUUGGUCUCUGAACGUUAGCAUGGAGGCUUACCCGAUGCCGCAUGCGUUCUCCUGGAGCUUCAUGGGCCACGAGCUGAGAAACACGAGCGACCACGUCAUCAGCACACACAGGAAUGAAUACAGUUACAGCAGUGAGCUGCGGCUGGUGCGGCUGAAAAUGUCAGAAGGUGGUGUUUACACGUUCCAGGCCUCCAACGGCGACGCAUCGGUUAAUCAGACCUUCACCAUCUUUGUGAUCAGUAAACCUGAAAUCAAAUCUCAAGAGGGCCCGGUGGAUGGACAGGUACGCUGUGUAGCUGAAGGUUUUCCUGCCCCCCAGAUCAAGUGGUACUACUGUGAGCAGCCGUACGUCAGGUGCUCCCAGCAGACAAACGCCACCCAGGAGGAGCGCAAUGUCAUCACUGUCACGUUAUUCAGCCCCACGUUCGGGAAGACGGAGGUGGAGAGCCGGGUGAACAUCAGCAGGGGACGGUUCAAUACCCUGGAAUGUGUGGCUACGGUGGAGGGAGAACAAGCCUUCACACUCUUCUCUAUCAACGAGAGACGAGUUCCCCAUGGCCUGUUCACCCCUCUGCUAAUUGGCACUGUGGCUGCAGCAGGCAUCCUCGGCAUCGUCCUUAUCAUGUUGUUCUACAAGUACAUGCAGAAACCAAAAUAUCAGAUCCAGUGGAAGGUUAUUGAGGGAAUCCACGGUAACAACUACGUGUACAUUGACCCCCUGCUCCUACCAUACGAUCACCAGUGGGAGUUCCCGCGAAGCAAUUUGUGUUUCGGUAAGACGCUGGGGUCCGGCGCGUUUGGGAAAGUGGUCGAGGCCACCGCCUAUGGACUCUCCCAGGCGGAUUCCGUGAUGACGGUGGCUGUCAAAAUGCUUAAAUCAAGCGCUCACUCCACAGAAAAAGAGGCACUGAUGUCAGAGCUGAAGGUCCUCAGUUACUUGGGAAACCACAUGAACAUUGUCAACCUGCUGGGAGCCUGCACUGUUGGAGGCCCAACUCUGGUGAUCACUGAAUACUGCUGCUUUGGAGAUCUUCUGAACUUCCUCAGAAGGAAGAGAGAAGCUUUCAUUUGCUUCAAGGUUGAGGAGAACUCCUACUAUCGCAAUGUCACACAACAGAAAGUUGCAGAUGGAGACAGCUUGAACGGCUACAUGACCAUGAGGCCUUCUGCUGCUGGCAGCCCACCGUUCAGCUCAUCCUCUGAGAGGAGGCGCUCGCUACACAAAGGUGGCUCCAGCACUAAUGAAGAUGAAGAGGCCGAGAUGUUUGAUGAGGACGGUCUAUCUCUGGACACCGAGGAUCUUCUCAGCUUCUCAUACCAAGUAGCCAGAGGCAUGGAGUUCCUAGCUUCCAAAAAUUGUAUCCACAGAGACCUUGCUGCUAGAAACAUCCUGCUGACUGAAGGAAGAGUAGCAAAAAUUUGUGAUUUUGGUCUGGCUCGAGACAUCACCACGGACUCCAACUAUGUGGUCAAAGGCAAUGCUCGUUUGCCAGUGAAAUGGAUGUCUCCGGAAAGUAUCUUUGAAUGCGUGUAUACAUUUGAGAGUGAUGUGUGGUCUUAUGGCAUCUUACUUUGGGAAAUCUUCUCACUAGGAAAUAGCCCUUAUCCCGGUAUGCCUGUGGAUGCCAAGUUCUACAAACUGAUAAAAGAGGGAUACAGAAUGGAUGCUCCGGAGUGUGCACCCAAUGAAAUGUAUCAGAUUAUGAGGUCCUGCUGGGAUCCUGACCCCUUCAACCGGCCCCCCUUCAGGAAGGUUGUAGAGAGGAUUGAGCAACAGCUGUCAGAUGCCACUAAGCAUAUUUAUCUGAACUUCAGCUCCAGGUUGCCUGUGAUGGCCAGAUCAAGAGAGGAACCCGGUUCUCAGAGCACGACAUUUCAGUGUGUCAACCCAGUCAGCGACCACAGCGUUCAGACACAGCCCUUACUGGUCCAGCAUGAGGUCUUUUUGGAAGGGCGAACCCACGGAGCCCAACGGGUGUAAGGACCCACCCGACAUGUUUGGCUGCCUCUUAAAGUGCCUGAAAUGUUCUGCCACAAACUAUCCAACCACUACACCUGUACACCGCCCGGUACCAGCAGCGGUUGUUUUCAUGUUACGGAGGGAAUGGUAACUGCCUUCUCCUCACAGAAACAACUUCAUCGGACUUUUUUUUUCUUUGCUAUCAAUGUUUUGCCUACUGAAAACAGGGGAGAUGCUUGGACUAAAGUCUCCCUGCUCAUAGCAAAGAACGGUCAAGGAACCAAGGAGAGUGGAAGAACAUCAAGUUUUGUUUUGUUUUGUUUCUUUAAAACUGUUGUAAAGUACAUUGGUACACUCUUAUCUGUCUCUGUUUUUAUUUCUUUCAAUUACAUGAUCCUACACUUUUCAUAACAGUUGUUUUGUUGUGGGGUUUGUUGUUUUUGGGGGGGCAGUCCAUACAUAAAUGUUGUUUUGUUUUUUUUUCAGUCUGUUGGAGCUACCAUUAUUUUUACAAUUUGUGUUUUGAUGUUCUUUGUCAUUUUUCUAACAUUGAAAAUUUAAGUAGCAUUUUCACAUUUUCAGUUUGAUUGGCAGUGGUUGCUGGGGAAGAAAAAAAAAGCACUUGAGGCACUUGAACGUCACAUCAUUCCAUAUCCCAUGUAUUGCUGGGGUUUUUGUUGGUUAUUUUGUUUUUUUUUAACUCUUAUUGUCAGUAUUAUUUUCAAAUGUUCAGACCUAUGCUAUAUGUAGGAGAUAAUAUUUUGGGGGCCAAUUUAAAUUGAGAUAUGGAAACUCUGAUGUAUAAGCUAUUAGACGGCAUGGUCAAUCACAUGUUCUUAAGUGCUUCAAGUUUAUUAGGAGAUACGUUUCUACUCUUUUUAUGUUGGAUGUCACUCCCUAAAGAGCAAAUAACUAUCUGAACCUUAUUAACACGUACCAUUACUUUAGACGCUUGGCUGUCUUCAGAGUUUUGGUACAGAUAUGGUACGCUCGCUUUUCAUUUCUGUGCUUCUUGGCUACACAUAUAUAUAUAU